UUGUGACGUUAGGCCCUCCUUUUAACCCGCAAGGUGAGGGUGUGGGAGAAACAAUGAAUAAGGAGUUAAUGUAAAGCGCUCCGGAUCGAUCUCAUUCGCAUUAUCGCGCAUCAAACAGCAUCGGGACGCACUUCUCCCGCAGCGGGAUCUAUUAAACUUUCUAUAAGCAGCUGGUGACAGCAGCGGAUCUCAGCUGAUCAGGAAAUAAAUACCGUGUGUUCCUCCGGCCAUGGCCCGGCGUAUCUCGCCUGCUGUCGCUUUUCUCUUUUGUUUUGGACUAUCGCAUGUGUUUGAGGUUGAAGCCAGAUUCCAGCACUCUGUGGCCCUCCACAGGCAGAAGAGAGAAUGGAUCGUCCCUCCCCAAAUCUUAGAGGAGAAUGUGGAUUACACCAAGAGAGAGUUCAUUGCAAAAAUUCGCUCAGAUAAGGAAGACGUCAAACUGAAAAAUGUGAGGUACUCACUGAAGGGCGUCGGUGCAGACCAGCAGCCGUUCAAUUUAUUUGUGGUGAAUCCUGAAAAUGGAUAUGUCAGGAUAACGGGGCUCCUUGACAGAGAGUCCAUCGCACAAUACAAUCUUUCAGGCGUUGCUACGUUCACAGAUGGCACGAUUGCAGAAAAUGACAUUGGGCUGAGAAUAAAAGUGAAGGAUCAGAAUGAUAAUCCGCCUGUUUUUGGUCCGAUGAAUCCCGGGGCUGUAGACGAGCUCAGUCCAGCAGGUAUGUGAUCUGCAGUUGUUACAGGUA